ACUGUUUCUGUGGCGCCGCCACACUGAGACGAAGCGAAGGGCUUCAAUAGUUCAAUAACAAUAACUGUUACAAAGACAAAGAGUGGGGUAGGGGGCAGUCGGUCCUCGGUCCUCGGUCCUAUAUCUUACACCGUGGAGCGUGGAACCAGGAGCACCCAAGCACCGCGAGUUGAUUCGUGACAUUAACCUAUAAAAAUCAGAGUUUGAAGAGCCGAUUGUUAUCCAAGUUUUACACAAAAAUAUAAAUUAUGCUAUGUUGUUUAAUACGAUACAAUUGUAAAUAGUCCAAAUCUUAUAAACAUGAGCAACAAUGCCAGAUUAUUGCUGCAUAAAAAGAUUUCACAGGUUUUGCAGGAUGGUGAAUCAAAGUCGAAUAUUGUAGCUUCGUUGCUGAAUUUGAGGUUUGAUAAAUCCAGCAGGAAAUUACUGUUUUCACUGCCUCUUAGAUCUAGACAUCAUGAUAUUCGCAAAGAUGUAUCAAAGUUUUCAAAAAAUGACUCUGAAGAUUUUUUAGAACGUGUAGAAAUCAGUCAGAAGAAACCAGAACUACAUUUUGAAUUAUAUCGAGAUCAUUAUGUCAAAAACUUACUCGACUCCAUACAAGCCAAAGUGGUUCCCCCAGAAUUUAUGUGUGAACAACCGAAGAAUAUUCUUGUGGAUUUCAGUUCUCCAAAUAUAGCCAAACCUUUUCAUGUAGGUCACUUGCGUUCUACUAUGAUAGGAAACUAUAUUGCCAAUAUAAAUAACUACUUUAAAAACAAUGUAAAAAGAAUUAAUUACUUAGGUGACUGGGGAACGCAGUUUGGUUUUGUACAACUCGGACUGUCUCUAUCCAGAGUGUCAGAAGAAACCUUAAAAAAACAUCCCAUUGAGACACUGUAUAAAGCUUAUAUUUAUGCCCACAAGUUAGCUGAAGAUGAUCCAAAUAUUGCUGAUCAAGCAAGAGAAGUUUUCAGAAAGCUAGAAAAUGGAGAUGAUAGCAGCUUGUCAGAAUGGGAAAGCUUUAGAAAAUAUACUAUUGAAGAGCUCGAUAGAACUUACAAUAGACUAGGUGUUGAAUUUGAUGAAUAUGAAUGGGAAUCUAUGUAUAGUAUCAAUGCGAGCAGAAAUGUAAUAGCAGAAUUGCAAAGACUAAAUUUAUUGCACACAGACAGUCAAGAUAAGAAAGUUAUACAGUUGAAUGAAAAAAGAUGUGUAACUAUAAUUAAGAGUGAUGGAUCAUCAUUGUAUAUUACCAGAGACAUUGCUGCAGCCAUCAGCCGAUAUGAGAAAAACAGAUUUGAUACCAUGUACUAUGUUGUAGAUAAUGCUCAAACCGACCACUUUAUUAAUCUAAUAGGCGUACUAAGUGCUAUGAAGUUACCAUGGGCUGAUAGGUUGAAGCAUGUUAAAUUUGGAAAAAUUAAAGGAAUGAGUACAAGAAAAGGAACUGCUGUAUUUUUGCAAGAUUUCUUAGAUGAAGUAAAAGCUGUUAUGAAGGAGAAACAAAUGCAAAGUCCAACUACAAAAGUCAACUUGGAUUAUGAUGAUCCAAGUACAGAAAUUCUAGGUGUCUCAGCUGUUAUUAUUAAUGAUUUGAAACAUAAAAGACAUCAAGACUACGAAUUUGAUUGGAACAAAGCUUUAGAGAUGAAAGGAGAUACUGGUAUUACCCUUCAGUAUGCCCACUGCAGACUAGUCAGUUUAGAGGAAAACUCUGGUGCUACUAUAGCAUCGGAAUGUAUACCGUCUCUUCUAACAGAACCAACAGCCGAAGAUCUCUUGUACAUAAUUGGGAAAUUCGACGAAGCUGUGAUAAAGUCUUACCAGGAACUUGAGCCUUACACACUUGUACAUUAUUUAUUUCAGUUGAGUCAUGCAACAAGCAAAGCAUUGAAGGUCUUAAGGAUCAAAGGUGAACCAACCGAGUUGGCCAACCAAAGGCUUUUACUAAUGAACUCAGCGAGAAAAAUACUUGCUCAGGGCAUGAAAUUGCUGGGAUUGAAACCACUCAACAAAAUGUGAUUUGGAGACAAAGAGUUGACUGUUAUUAAAAGACUUUAUUUAUAUUGUAACAAGACGUUUUUAAUAAUACAAAGAGCCAACAAAAAA